UCACUCAGUUUCCGAUCAAAUGAAUGUCGAUACCGACAUUGUUACUUUGACCCGUUUUAUUCUAGAAGAACAACAAAAGUAUGCACCGACUGCCACUGGGGAAUUAUCUCUUUUAUUGAAUUCUUUACAAUUUGCAUUUAAAUUUAUUGCCCAUAAUAUCAGAAGAGCCGAAUUGGUUAAUUUGAUUGGGAUCAGUGGUACUGCCAAUUCCACCGGGGAUGUUCAAAAAAAAUUGGAUGUUAUUGGAGACGAGAUUUUCAUCAAUGCCAUGAAAUCCUCUAAUAACGUCAAGGUUUUGGUUUCUGAAGAACAAGAAGACCUUAUUGUUUUUGAAGGAGGAGGACGUUAUGCCGUUUGUACCGAUCCAAUUGACGGUUCUUCCAAUAUUGAUGCCGGGGUUUCGGUGGGGACUAUUUUUGGUAUUUACCGUUUGGAUGAUUCGUCCACCGGAUCGAUUAGAGACGUGUUGCGUCGUGGUACUGAAAUGGUUGCUGCUGGUUAUACUAUGUAUGGUGCCUCGGCCCAUUUGAUGUUGACCACUGGAUUUGGAGUUAAUGGAUUUACUUUGGAUACCCAAUUGGGAGAAUUCAUUUUAACCCAACCAAACUUGAAAAUUCCAAACAAAAAGGCUAUUUACUCGGUUAACGAAGGUAACUCUUACUACUGGCCAGAUAAUUUCAAGAAGUAUAUCGAGGAUUUGAAAAAACCCCAAGAUGAAUUAAAGGGUAAACCAUAUUCUGCCCGUUAUAUCGGGUCCAUGGUUGCUGAUAUUCAUAGAACUUUAUUAUACGGGGGGAUUUUCUCGUAUCCUGGAGAUUCCAAGUCUAAAAACGGGAAAUUAAGAAUAUUAUAUGAAUGUUUCCCCAUGGCCAUGUUGAUGGAACAGGCUGGAGGUGCUGCUGUUAAUGAUAAAGGAGAGCGUAUUUUAGAGUUGUUACCAAAGGGAAUCCACGAUAAAUCUGGUAUUUGGUUAGGUUCAAAAGGUGAAGUAGAUAGAUUUUUAACUUAUUUAUAACCUGAUGAGUAGACG